AUGGAUCUCAAGACAACCGUCGACCCAACAAGUCUAUACGAAAUACAAGUCCAAAUAGGAAGAGGUGCUUAUGGCGAGGUAUUCAAAGGCAUCGAAAAGAGCACUGGUGUGCCUGUUGCUAUAAAAAUACUUGAUUUCGAAGCGGAUACAUCCGACGACAUUGAAGACAUUCGCAAAGAAAUCCAAAUCUUGUCUACCUUGGAUACUCCUUACGUGACUAAAUAUUAUGGAUCUUACGUCUUGGGCUCUCGCCUAUGGAUUGUCAUGGAAUUGUGCUCUGGUGGAUCGUGUCUUGAUUUGCUAAAGCCUGGAGUCUUUGAAGAACGUCAUAUCGCCAUCGUGAUGAAGGAAUUACUACGAGGACUCCAACAUUUGCAUUCGUCUGGAAAAAUACACCGUGAUAUCAAAGCUGCCAACAUAUUGCUUAGUGAGGAUGGGGAUGUCAAGCUUGCUGAUUUUGGUGUUUCUGCGCAAAUCACAUCAACCAUGACUCGUAAAAACACAUUCGUUGGAACGCCGUAUUGGAUGGCACCUGAAGUUAUUGUGAGGUCAGCUUACAACGAAAAGGCAGAUGUAUGGUCUCUGGGCAUAACGGCUAUAGAAUUGGCCAAGGGUCUACCACCAAACUCACAUCUACCACCCAUGAAAGUUCUAUUUAUAAUUGCCAAUCAAGAUCCUCCAAUGCUCAAGGGUGGAUUUUCACCUGAAUUUCGUGAUUUUGUGGCCAAGUGUCUUGCAAAGAGAGCCAGCCAGCGUCCUGAUGCUUCCUCACUAUUGACACAUCCAUUCAUCCAAUCCGCUGGUGAAACACUUAUACUAAAGGAGUUGAUUACAAGACGCGUUGAAUGGAAUCAAUCGCAGAUUUCCGUUCCUGUUUCUCAUUCAAUGCCAAGUUCUGCGCCGGCCGCAGAACCAAGUAGCAUUGAAUGGGAUUUUAUUACUGAAAACGAGACAAAGGGUAAUGAUACACAAGGACGACGAUUCAACACAGGAACAUUGAGAAGAGAGAGUGCUUUGAAGCAACCUUCAGCUCAAACUAUUCGACGUUCACGUGGUCGAAGUGUGAUUUUUGCUGAUGACUUCAAUCCAUUGAUGGGAGACGCAGCAGCAUUUGAUCGAUCGGAAUUAGGUACUGAGAUAUUGGAACAUGUGUUUAUACCUGCCGUCAAGAGUGUUCAACGAAAACGGAAUGGAGUUAUCCCUAUAGUAUCUUCCCUAUCACGCAUAGCAUCGGAACUACAAAACAUAUCUGACAUUAUGCCCGAUGCAGGGACACAACUCGUCGAGGACAUUUUGAACCUGAUGAAAUCAUCAUCCAAUGAAGGAAUCAAGGCAUUGCUUGCUUCUGAGCCUCCUGCUACUGAUAAAGACAAGACCGUCAAAGGUGGUAGCAUUAGUAGAGGGGAUACGUCCUUGUUUCAAAGAAGGAGUCCGUUGAGUGAGUCUCUUUGGACUCGUUGGCGCAAGAAGGUUGAUCCUAGUCAGAAUGCAUGA